GGCGUCACGACAGGGGUGAAUAAGAGCAUGUUUAGACUCGUUGAAUAAGAGAACAAAUGAGAAGUGAUAACCGGCAUAUUUUUUUCAUUCGGAAAAACAUAAAUAAAUAAAAAAUGGCAGAUCCAGGACGUGGAGGUGGUGGCAUUGGUCGAGGAAUGGGUCGUGGUUUUCUUCUCGAUCAAAUGCGUAAAGCACAAGAUGCAUCAUCAGCACCAAGUCCAGGUCCAGCACCAAGUGUAGUACCAAUACCAAGUCCAGCUGUAUUACCAACACCAGCUCAACCAGCAGUACCACGUGGUCGUGGUAGUCUUCUUGCAUCAUUAAAACAAGUAUCAGCACCUCCAGGACCUCCACCACCACCAACAGUAGCAACUCCAUCGCCAACAAUAUCAACUCCAUCACCAUCCAUACCAACACCAUCUCCAACACCAGUAACAGCAACAAUACCACGUGGACGUGGUACUAUCCUUGCUUCUGUAUUGAGUAAUGUGCCACCAGUAUCACCUGGUUCAGUUGCAUCAUCUGUAUAUGAUGCACCUGGUGUUGGUAGAGGUACAUUAUUAAGUCGUUCACUAGCAUCAUCUGAUGAUGGCUCUAGUAAAAAAUUGAGUCAAGUUGGUAUACCAGUACCAGCAGCAAAAGGCUCACAAAUUUUACCACCAUCAUCUGGUGAUAAUCUUGGUGUUACUGGACCAUUAUCAUUACUUAAUAUUGAUAAUUUAUCAACAACAUCUGGUACAUCAUUAACAAUAUGUAGACAAGGUGAAAGUGGUAAAACAAUUGAUAUUAUGUCAAAUUAUAUUGAUCUUGAAUUUGUUGAUGGUAAAGGAAUAUUUCGUUAUGAAGUUAAAUAUAGUCCAGAAACAGAUUCACCAAAAAUACGUAAUGCAUUGUUAAAUCAACAUCUUGAACAACUUGGUAAAACAAAAACAUUUGAUGGUAUGACAUUGUAUCUACCAACAAAAUUACCAGAACGUAUAACACGUUUAGUAUCACUUCGUCAUGAUAAAACAGAAGUUGAAAUAACAGUUAUAUUUCAACGUCAACAAUUACCACAUGAAAGUAUGCAAUUUUUUAAUGUGUUGUUAAAUAAAGUCAUGCGUUGUUUACAAAUGGUACGUAUUAAUCGUAAUAAUUUUAAUCCAAGAUGUGCACAUAAAAUACAACAACAUCGUAUGGAAUUAUGGCCAGGUUAUAUAACAGCAAUUGAAGAAGUUGAAGGUGGUUUAAAAUUAAAUAUUGAUGCAAAUCAUAGAGUUAUGAGAACAGAUACAGUCUAUGAUUUUAUUAAAUUAACAAUGCAAGAAAGUCGUGGUGGUAAUCCACGUGAUACUGUAUUUGGUGAUCUUGUUGGUGUUACUGUUUUAACAAGAUACAACAAUGAAACAUAUCGUAUUGAUGAUAUUGUAUGGGAUAAAAAUCCAUUAUUUGAAUUUGAUUGUAAAGGAAAAGCAACAACACUAGCUGAAUAUUAUAAAGUUCAUUGGAAUUUAACAAUAAAAGAUGUUAAACAACCAUUAUUACUUCAUCGUGCUAAAAAACGUUUAACACAAGGUGGUACUAAAGAAGAAGAAAUAUUAUUAAUACCAGAGUUAUGUUACAUGACUGGUUUAACUGACAAAAUAAGAUCAGAUUUUAAAAUAAUGCGUGAUUUAGCAACUGUAACACAAGUUGUACCAGAAGCACGUCGUCAAGUUAUUAAAAAAUUUAUUGAUGAUGUUAAAAAACAUGAAGUUGCUGGUGAAUUAUUGAGAUCAUGGGGACUAAAAAUGGCUAAUGAUUUAACAAAAUUCAAAGGUAGAACACUUGAUCCAGAUACAAUAAUACAUGGUGGUGGUAAACGUACAGUUGUCAAUGAUAAAGCUGAUUGGGGUGGACCAACAACAAAAAGUCCAAUGUUAAGAGUACACAAUUUAUCAAAUUGGUUUAUAUGUUCAACAGAACGUGAUGCUAAAUUUGCAAAAGAAUUUGUUAAAUUAUUACAAAUAUGUGCACGUGAUAUGGGUAUGAUUGUCAAAGAUCCAAUAGUUGUUGGUUUAAAAAAUGAUUCAACACAAAGUUAUAUUAAUGAAAUACGUAAAGUUAUUAAUCCAUCAUUAGAAAUGGUUGUUUGUGUUGUACCAACAAUAAGAGCUGAUAGAUAUUCAGCAAUUAAAAAAUUAUGUUGUGUUGAAUCACCAAUAAAAUCACAAGUUAUUGUUACAAAAACAAUAUCAAAUGAAAAAAAAGUAAAAAGUGUUACUGAAAAAAUUGCAUUACAAAUGAAUUGUAAAAUGGGUGGUGCAUUAUGGGCAUUAAAAAUGCCAUUUACUGAUGUUAUGGUUGUUGGAAUUGAUGUAUUUCAUGCUGGUGUUGGACAAAAAGCAGCAAGUGUUGCUGGUUUUAUUGCAAGUCUUGAUGAAAAUAUGACAACAUGGCAUUCAAAUACAUGUCAUCAAGCACCUGGACAAGAAUUAAUUGAUUUAUUAAAAGUAUGUCUUGUAACAGCAAUUAAAGCAUAUCACAGAUAUCGAGGUAUAUAUCCAAAUAGAAUUAUUAUUUAUCGUGAUGGUGUUGGUGAUGGACAGUUAUCACUUGUUGCUGGUUAUGAAGUGGAACAGCUGAAAAAAGCAUUUGAAAUUGUUGAAAGAAGUUAUGAGCCAAAAAUAACAAUGAUUAUUGUACAAAAAAGAAUUAACACAAGAAUUAUGGCAUUGAGAGGCUCAACAUUGAAUAAUCCAUUACCAGGAACAAUUGUUGAUUCAAUGGUUACAAGAAAAUCAUGGUAUGAUUUUUUUUUGGUACCACAAACUGCACGUCAAGGAACAGUUACACCAGUUCAUUAUAUUGUUUUAAUUGAUGAUGCUAAUUUCAAGACAGAUCAUUUACAACGUUUGACUUACAAACUGUGUCAUCUUUACUACAAUUGGCCAGGUACUAUUCGCGUUCCAGCACCUUGUCAAUAUGCUCAUAAACUUGCUAGUCUUGUUGGUCAAAAUAUCCAAGCUAAACCCAGUGAAUGCUUAGCUGAAACACUUUACUUUUUAUAAAUUAUUAUUAUUCUUUUUUUUUUUUCGUUUCUUAUAAUUUUUGUUUUUUAUUUUUUUGCAUUAUAAUUUUUUUUUUUUUUUAUAAUUAUUCGGAAUUUUAAAUUCUACUUAAAUUUAAAUAUUUAUUAUUGUUAAAGGUAAAUCCUUUAUAUUGUCGUUCGAUUCUUUUAUUUUCGA